AUGGACUCCCUCUCCAACAAACACCUCGCCAUCGACGCAAGCAUCUGGCUCCACCAGUUCCUCAGAGGCAUGCGCGACAAGGACGGGGAGGCCAUCGGAAACGCCCACAUCCUCGGCUUCUAUCGUCGCAUCUGCAAGCUGCUCUACUUUAACGUCAAGCCCAUCUUUGUCUUUGAUGGUGGCACCCCUGCCCUCAAGCGUCUCACUAUUGUCGAGCGAAGAAAGCAGAGGAGAAAUAAUGAAAACAUGGUCAAAAAGACAGCCGAGAAACUGUUCGCAGCCCAACUUCGUCUUCAAGCACUAGAGCAACGCAAACUAGCCAGGAAAAGGAACCAGGAUCUAAAGGCGUUGAACGACUCGCAACCAGGAGCUGUCCGCGAUUCAACUGAGAACCCGGUCUAUCUGGAAGAGCCUCUUGAUCCUGCAAAGUCCUUCGAUAAAAAGGACAAGCCUCCAGAUCUCACGUCCAACAACGAUACCGGAAUCGGUGGCUACGGGGGAGGCAGUAAAGCGAAACGGGUUCAGGACAAAUAUGUGCUGCCACCAAUGGAAACCGACUUUGACACGCUUGCCAAAAUCAGGAGCAACGACGAGCGAUUCGGUUACCACGCUGGCGAGGAUGACGUGAGCGCAUUUUUGGAAGACUUCAAGAAAGAGGAAGGACUCAACAAUAUCGACUCGGAUGUUUUCAAGGCCCUUCCCUCCGAGAUGCAAUAUGAAAUCCUGCAAGAGAUUCGUCAACGGUCCAGAGUGACGUCCUUUGAGCGCGUCCAGGAGAUGGUUCGAUUAGCUGAGACGCCGAUGGAUUUCUCGAAACUGCAGGUCCAAGGCGUCAUUCGCAGGAACACUGUCACCCAUAAGCUGUUGACUGUCAACCAGACUGUCAGCAAGGUCGAGGAGACUGUCAAACCCGGGAGGAUUGCCUCCCAGCGGAAUCGACAGUACCUCUUGGUCAAGAAUGAGGAAGGCGGUUGGGUUCUCGGCGGCAGGAAACCUACAACUGGAGCAACAGCCGACAAGCCAGUUCAGCUCGAUUCGGACGACGAGGGUGAUCAGACCAAGAAAGAGAUCAAGACCGAGGCUGCAGGUAUCAAGAGCGAGAUUAAGGACGAGGAGGACGAGGAGGGCUGGGAGAGCGACGAUGAUGACGACCUUGAGAUGGUCGAGGUCAAGGACUAUAUCCCGCCAGUCCAGCCUGCAGCGACUCUUCGACCUCUCGCACCCAAGACCAAUACCAGUCUGGAAGAUGAGAACUCGCUCGUCAACCACCCAGAGGCGUAUGUCGACGAGGACGAGUCUAUCGAAAAGGUCAUGGCCAAGUUUGCAGAGAUUGAGGAUGAGGCGGCGAGGAAACGUGGCAUCGUAUCAGGGCUUGCAGGAACGGAGGCUUUGCCAAUGGAUGUAGACGAGCUGGACUCGUUCGACACUCUCAACUCCCUCGACACGGUGUACUCAGAUGCGACUAUGGACGAUAUGGACGAUUUCGAGGACUUGAUGGAGGACGAAGAGACAGGGGAGAUUGUCUCGCGCAAGGCCUACGAACGGAAACAACUCACCCUUGCCCGGACCAAGUCUCUCACUGAUACAGAUAACAAUGGCGGUCAUCGGCGCGCGCUUUCGGAGGAAGACGAAUCGCAGCUAGAGGACGAGGCCCUUCACAGCUAUUGGGUUGGAUACACACCGGAAUCGUUCAAGCACAAGCAUGUUGACUUUGAGUUUAUGCUGCAGGCAGCCAUCACCGAGUGGGAGGACGAACAGCUGUCUGAUGAACUCCACUCUGCAAAGAGAAAAUUGGAAAAGUCCAAUGUCAACGAUACCGCAGGAGUCGAGGUUCUCCGGUUCUGGACUUCAUUUUUGGAAUCUGUUGCUACUCGACGACAGCUCGCCCAUUCGCUCACUGCCAUCACCCCAACGCCGUCGGCAGCAAUGCCAGUACCACUUACAAGUGUUUCAGUUGGAGGACAGCAGCCCAGUCGGAUAUCGCAUCUGGAUUCGUAUGAUGAUGGCGUUGAAGAAUCAGGAACAGUUCAAGCCAGCGAAGACGAUGGGGAGGAACAAGUUUUGAUCCGUAGAUAUGCACGUCCUUUGCCGCUCCAGCAAAUCUCACAGGUCGAUCUGUCAUCUCCGAUGGCAAGUCUCAAUCAACCAGAGCAGGCACCGGAUGAUUCAACCAAGACUGGCUCAGUUUCGCUGCACCUCGACUUUGGCUCAUCGAUCCUUAAGCAACGUUCAGGCGUCUCUGUCCUCCCAGUGCAGGAUGACAUUGUGAAAACACCUGAGGAUACGACGCUCGUUUCGGAGUCAACCCUCGGCAUUGUUCCACAGGUUGAUGCGGAAGACCUUGCUAUUGAUGUCGAUGUCGAACCCACCGUGCCAAGUCCCAAACGCAACUCUGCCACACCUCCUGCGGGGAUGAAAGACGAAGAGGGGCAGCUUGACAGCGCAUUGGACAUUGAUCAGCAUGCUGAAGUAGCCGAUGAGAUUGAGUAUGUGGAGGAGGAGGAGGAUGAGGACGAUGCGCACAGUGCAGACUUGGAAAACGAGGAGCAGGAUUUUACCAACCUCUUCCCGGACAUGGCGUCACUGCCUGGCGCAUUGCUUAUCUCCAAGGAAGCUGCUCCAACUCGUACAGCAGAGGAACAGAGGGCCAUGGAUGAACAGGGGGCGGCCAAGAUGUUCGAGGAGUCUCAACAACUCCAAAGCGAGAUCAAGGGACUUCGGGAUCAGCACCGCAAGCACCAGCGGAAUGCGGAGGACCUCACCGAGUCGAUGAUUGCUGAGACUCAGAUGUUGUUGAAGCUCUUUGGGAUCCCAUAUAUCGUGGCGCCCAUGGAAGCUGAAGCCCAGUGUGCGGAUUUGCAACUCCGGGGUGUAGUUGAGGGUAUUCUGACGGAAGAUAGCGACGUGUUCCUUUUUGGUGGUGUUCGGGUCUUCAAGAACGUCUUUCGGGAAGAGAAAUAUGUUGAGUGUUACCUGAUGAGCGACGUUGAGCGCGAUCUGGGAGUUGGACGAGACCGACUCGUAUCGUUGGCCUAUCUCCUGGGAAGCGAUUACACGACCGGUAUCAAGGGUGUUGGUCUUGUUACCGCCAUGGAGAUCUUGAGGCUGUUCCCGAAGCUGGAGGACUUUGCAAAGUGGUGGAGAGGAGAGCAAGUCAAGCAGAAUAAGGCGGAGGAUGAUUCUGAGACUCGGGAAAAAUCACUGGACGAGCUUGGAAUGGAGCUCGACCGUGAAGUGGAUCUUUCGAAACUGGCGAAGCAAUGCAAAAAAAUUCAUUUGCCUUCAACAUUCCCAGAUCCGCAUAUUGCGGACGCCUAUAUCCAUCCCAUGGUUGACGAUGACGACACCAAGUUUCAAUGGGGCAUUCCUGAUCUGGAUGGUCUGCGGGAUUAUCUGCGGAAGAGUAUGAGCUGGGAUCGAGGCGAGGUCGACAGGGUUCUUCUUCCGAUUAUCCGACAGAUGGCUGCCCAGGCAAGCCAGCUGCAGACGCAGACGACGCUGGACAGUCUCUUCGAUUCGACUGUUGGGAUAGGCGGGUAUCACAACCCAGCGAGGAAGCAUCUGAUCAAGAGCGCUCGGCUGAGGAAGGUUGUCAACGGACUGACGGGCCAGGCGACGACGGAGAGCGAUACUGGAGCAUCGGACAAGGCUUCCAAGAAGAAGAGUCAGGCAGCAGCGACAAAGAAAUUGACAUCUAAGCGAGUACAGGUGGCGACCGACGAGAAGGCAAACAAGACCUCUGCGGAAGACUCGGAUAGCAAGAGUAAUGCAGGUGCCGACUCGGGUAGUGUCGGUGGAGAGAACGAUAUCAAGGACAGUGGUGACGAUGUAAUGAUUGUGGAGAUGCCGAAAGAGCAGAGGCGGACGCGGGGACACAGGACACCACAGACCAAGGUACCUGAAGCCGUUAUUGCAGCCAAGCGACAGUUGCAGUCCAAGACCAUUGAGGCUAAGCUUGCCGCUCGAGAUGCCGCUACAGCAACUGCAGCUGCAGCUAUCGCUGAUACGAACAUGUCUCCCGCAGAUGACUUUGCAUCUCCCAAAGGUCGCAAGCGAGCCAAAAGUAGCGGAUCGUCGUCGUCAUCAGGAAGCGAAAAUUCCAGCGGGGAUGAAGAUGAGGCCGACAGUCAUGAUUUUGCUCCUAGCCACUGGGAUCUUUUGGAGGAGAGGCAGCGGCAGCAACGGCAACAGCUCUCUCCUGUCAGAAAGAAGACGACAUCAACAGCAACGAGUCGCGUUGCUUCGGGAAGGGCUUCGUCGUUGACGGCAAUGGUGUCUGCUUCGAAUGCGGCGAGAUAUGGGUCUGUGAGCUCCAAGAGCAAGAAGGAAUCUGCACGCAAGAAAGCACGCACAUAA